UCAUCAAAAAGACAUGGUGGAGGACGUUCAAUCUGUGGGUGUCCAGGAUGUUAAAACUGGUCAAAGAAUUGAGUGUGAUGGACAACGAGGAACAAUUUGUUAUGUUGGACCAGUUGAUGGGACAAAUGGUACCUGGUUAGGAAUUGAUUGGGAUAAUCCAACAAGAGGAAAACACAAUGGAACAUACAAUAAUAAAUUAUACUUUAAAACAAGACAUUCAACAUCAGGUUCAUUUGUACGACCUGGUAAAAUUAAUACUGGUAUAUCAUGUCCAACAGCAAUUAAAAAUAGAUAUGGAUUUAUUGAUGAUGAACUUGCUGGUGUUGAUAAAGAUAAUAUAACAAGUCUUAGAAAAGAAAUAAAUGCUCCAUUUUUAGAAAUGGUUGGUUUUUCAAAGGUCAAUAAAAAACAAAGUACCUUUGAUCGAUUAAAAAUUGUAUGGCUCAGAGAACAAUGUGUAUCAAGUUAUGGUAAUGAUAAAGAACUUGAAGAAUUAUGUCCAAAUAUUUUUGAACUUGAUUUAUCAAAAAAUCUUUUUAAUUCUUGGGAAACAAUUGCAAAUAUUUGUACACAAUUAAAAAAACUUGAACGACUUAAUGUCAGUGAAAAUACAUUGGGCACAAAAAUUGAUUUAAUUGAAAUGAAAAAUAGUUUUCUAAAUGUCAAAAAUUUAACAAUUUCUCGAAUGGAUUAUGACUGGAGAGAUAUUCAAUUGGUAACAUCAAUAUUUCCUUCAUUGAAGACACUUUCUGUGCCAUUUAAUAAGAUUGAUUUUUUGGAGAAACCUAUUAGUGACACAAGCCUUGAAAAAAUUGUCGACUUGACACUUGAAGGUAAUUCAAUAUCGAGCUGGAAUGAAGUUCUGAAACUAGGCCACUUGAGCUGCUUAGAGAAUCUCAAUGUUAAUUCAAAUAAAAUUGAAAAAAUUAGAUUUACAACAUUGGAUGAUAAAAUGAAGACUGAUGAGUUUUCAGGACUUCGAAAUUUACAUUUAUCAAAUAAUCUCAUAUCAGAUUGGCAAAGUAUAAGUGAAUUAGAAAAAUUAAAAAAUCUGGAAGAAUUAAGAUUUCGAGAUAAUCCAGUUUUGACUGAUAUUGCAUUUGACACAGUGAGACAAUUAAUUAUUGCUAAAAUAUCAGAAUUAAAAAUAUUAAAUGGAACUGAAAUUCAUAAUGAUGAACGUAAAGGUGCUGAGUAUGAUUAUUUAAAACUCUAUGCAAAUGAAUGGUUGAAUAUUGAAAAAAAUAAAUUGGAUAAUUUAAAAAUUGAAUUUGUAAAUGAACAUCCAAGAUAUCCUGUUCUUGUUGGCAAAUAUGGUUCACCAGAAAGAACAAAUUUAAAUACACCUGUAGAAAUGGAAUCAAAUGUAAUAACUGUUGAAUUUGUAUGUAUGAAUGAACAAACAACUCAAAAAAGUACUAAAAGAAAACUUAUGAAAGAUAUGGAUGUACAAAAGUUAACUGGUCUUGCACAAAAAUUAUUUCAAACUGGAAGAAAAGUACCAAAAUUAUCAUUCGUACAACCAAAUUUAUCUAAAGAAGAAAUUCCUCUUGAUAUGCCUCUUCAACAACUCUGUUAUUAUUCAAUUCAAAAUGGUGAUCGUGUGCUGGUACGCUGGUGACCAAAUUGAAUCACAAAUUAAAAUAAAAAACAUUUUUUUAUCUUUAUCAUAAGUUUUCUUUCAAAUAUAUUGUUAUAAAAAAAAAAAAAAAACAAUUGAAUUUUUUUACAUUAAAAUAGAAAAAAGAAACAAAAAAAAAAAAAAAAAUGAAAAUUCAGUCAUUAAUGUAAUUAAUUUUGUUGAGCUUGUUUUUCAAAUUUGCUGGCUUCUUCUUUUUCAAGUUGUUCUUUAGUCAAUAGAGACAAUCCAAGUUGAUCUUCACGUGUAAAUGGUUGUGCCAUUUGUCUCAGCCAUCUUUUACUAAUUUGUAUAGCUUCUUCAGUUGAUAAAUUACACAAUUGAUCAGUCAAAUGUUCUUGUAUCCAUUUUGGUAAUUUACUUCUUUUAUCACUUCUUGAAAAUCUUUUAUCAGCAAAUAUCAUUAUACCAUAAUCAGUUUUACCUCUAAUAACACGUCCAACACAUUGAGCAGCAUGUCGCAUUGCAUCAAAUGUUAAAAAAUCAUUUUCUCUUAUUUGAAAUUGAUCACGAAGAUAUUCUAAUCUUGCUUUGAGAAUUCUUGACUGUGUAUAAACAUAUGGAAUACCAAACAUAAGAACAGCUCUACCAAGAUGAUGAUCAAAAUCAACACCCUCUGAUACUUUUCCUCUUGCAACUGAUAAUAAUACAGCACCACGUCCAUUUUCACAAGCUUUUAUAUAAUUAAUAAGUGCUAAACUUGUCUCAGCUGAAUCUUGAGUUUCAAUAAAUAAUAAUUUAUGUUUUUGAAGUUGAUCAACAACUCCUUGAUCAUACCAAGCAGCAAUAACAGAUUCCAUAUAUAAAUAUGAUGUAAAAAAACAAACAAUACCAUCUGGUACUGCUGAUGCAACUUCAACUAACAAUUGACCAUAAUUUCUAAUAACAGCAACGUCAUCACGUGUUUCAAAUUUUGAAGAAAUUGCUACUUGAUCAUUACCUCUUGCAACAAUCUAUUUAAUCAAAAAAUAAAUAAAUAAAUCAAUCAAAGAUAGAUAAUUUAUAAUUAAUAAAAUAUAAAAUAUAAAACUUACCAUUGGUAAAAGACAUGGUCUUGCAAGUGUCAUUGUAAAUGAUGACAUAAUAACUGGAUGAAAAUUUAAUAUUUUUGGAUACAUAUCAAGUGGUGAUAGUGUACCUGAUGUUAUAAUAACUGAUUGAAAUCUAUCAAAUAUUGGUUUCAUUGCAAUUGAUGAAUCCAUACAACUAAAAUGUAAUACUGGAUUUGAAACUUUAUCAAUUGGUGUUUUUUCAUCAUAUGGCUCAACUAUUAUUGUAAAACCAUUUGUAUAAGUUGAUACUAAUGUUGCAAGAUGUGUAACAAGUAUAAGUGGUGAAAAAUCAGUUAAAUCAGUCAUUUCCAUUGUUCGUAAAAGUGAUGCUAAUCUUUCAGCACAAAAACGUAAUGGUUUUCUUUCAAUACAUACUUUUGUUUGUAUAUCAUGAAGAAAUAUUGAUGGUGAUUCUUGUACAACAUGUUGUACACGUAAUCUUGUUUUUAAAUAUUCAACAAAACGUUUUAAAAAAUUUACAAAAUGCUCAGCAUUUCUAAUAUUUCCAGGUAUUACCUCUGUUAAAUAAAUUUAUUUUCAUAUUAAAAAUUUUUCGAAAUCAAAAAAGCUUAUAAUAAUUAAUGACUUUUUAAUUUACCUUCUAAUACUUCAUCAGGAAGAAUUGGAUUUGCUAAUAUAACAUCUGUUUCUCUAGCAACUUGAGCAUCUUUUAAACCUUCAACUAAACGUUGAUAUUCUUCUUUUAAUUUAUUAGCAUCUUCAUCUCUCAUUUCAGCAACUGUUUUUUCUAAUAAACUAAUAUUAUUUGAACAUUUAUCCAUUGUUCUACGAUUAAUUUUAACACUCAUUGAAUCAAUACAAACAUUAUCAAUAUUAUGAGCUUCAUCAAAUACAACAACUGAAGUUUUUGCCAUUUCUUUUGAUACAAAUUCAGCAAUUUUUGGAUCCAAUAAAUAAUGAUAACUGUAUACAACAAUUUGUGCAUUUAUAAUUGCAAAACGUGCUAAAAAAUAUGGACACCAAUUUCUAUCACGUCCAUAAUCUUUUAGGUCGUCAAUUGAAUAAAUACCAGGUGGCAUCAUUUGUUCACGACCUUCCAUAUCAAAACCUUCAAAAAAAUUACAAACUGGUGUAUUUUCAUCAGUAUUAUGACGUGCUCUUACAUAUGAUGCUGUCAAUGAAUGACAACGUCCAUCAACUAUUUUUCCUUCUCUCUCUUUGCUAACCUGGUGAAUUAAAAAUUUAUUAUGAAUACUAUUUGAUAUAGGUACAUCUUUAUAGGUAUCUUCUCUUUCAUUUAAAAUUAAAUAUAUAUACCUCUGGAUGAAUACACAUAUUUUUACGUGAACUCAAUACAAGACCAACAAUUUUUGGCUUAUUAUUUGUUUGGCUUUCAUAAUAAUUCAUUAAUGUUUUUAAUUCUUCAAGAACUUUUUCAAUUUCAGGAACUGUACGUGAACAAUAUAUUAAUUUUGUAACUUGCAGUGGAUGCUCAAGCAUAUAUGCAACAAUUAAUGACAAUAGAGUUAUGGUUUUGCCAGUUCCUGAAGGCAUUUCAAGAAGACAAUGACCCUAGGAUAAUAAUUUAAAAAAUUAUAAGUAUCUUUAAAAAAUAUAUAACAAUAUUUUAUGAUACAUACUCUGGCAUCAAGGCCUCUUUUAAGCUCCAGCAUAUAGGCAUACUGCUCUGGGUAAAUAUAGUCAUAUGGAAAAUAGACAAUCAAACCAUCAACACUAAUCCUAUUAACAAAUAAUUAUUUAUAUUAUUAUUAUUAAUUGAAUUAAUAUUAUUAUUUGAGUAAUUCAUUUUUUACAUAUUUUUAACUUACUUCAUUGUUAAUAAUUAAUGUUAAUUGUUAAUAAUUAAUAAUCUCAAUAAAUUUAUAGAAGUUUGUACUUGUUUACAGUAAAUAGUAAUAUUGUUUAUCACAAUUUGAGGUUAUGUCAAUCAAUGAAUAUCAUAAUUUGAAUUAUUAUUUUACAUUGUUAAUUAAUUAUUUAAACAAAUAAAAGACUUUAAAUUUUUGAUAAUUAAAAACUAAAAUUGUUAAAUACUUGAUUGUUUAUUUUAUAUGACUUUUAUAUUUUUUAAUUGACAAUUUUAUUUUCGUUAUUAUUUAUUUAUUUUGAUUUUAGACAAUUAAAAAUUAAAAGUGCUGACAUCUGUUAUGAGUCAAUGACAAAUAGAAACAUGAUAUUCUCCCAUCUAACAACAAAAAUUUAAAAUAAAAAAAUACGUAAAUACAGUGGCAGAAUGCGCUGUAAUCGUAUAAUACAGUGUUGCCAAAAUCAUUUAGCAUAUUUACAAAACAAAGUAACAAAAUAAAUAAUUGUUGUAAAAAUAAAUGUAUGAAAAAUUAAUAAAAAUGUAAUUACUGAAUUAUCAUGUUAUUUUUUUAAUAAAAAAUUAAGUAUAUAAUGUUAGUGUUGAUUGGUGACAAGUGGAAUGUGAUUGGAAUUGCUACUGUAUUACGCAGCUCAAUAUGAUGCCGUCAUUACUAAUCAUACAUAUUUAUUUAUAAAUAAUAAAUUAAAAUUAAUAAAAGUAUAUAUCUAUAUUAUAAUAAUAAUACAGUGUACUAAUAAUAAUGUAAUAGUGUUAAAGUUGUAUAUAAAUCAUUGAAUAAAUAAUAAUAUUAAUAUAAAAAAAAAUUUUUUUUCCACCUACAAUUAAAAUAAAUUUUAUAUAUUUGGCAACGCAGCAUUAAAUUUUCUUCCCCAUUCUAUGGUGUCUCACAAAUGUACGCCUCUCAUCCCUAGUCAAAAAAUUCAUAUUUUUAACAUAUAAAAAAUUCAUUAAUAAACAAUAAUUUAUAAUUGAAAAAAAAAAGUAAAAUUAUCAUUAAAAUAAUUAUAUAAAUUAUUAUUAUUUUAAUUGUUAAAGUGAAGUUUAAUUGUGUGUUCUUCAAAAAUGUUAUUAAAUUUAAUAAACAUGUGAAAUUGUCAAUACUAAGGUGGAUUAAAAAAAAAAAAAAAGAAAAAAAAUUUAUAUUGGCUUUCUGCAGGAAUUGUACAAACAAAAGCUAACAUCUUCCAAUCAUUUUAUCUUCUCUCUCACUCACUCACUCUUUCUCGCAGUGUGUCUCUCUCUCUCUCUUUCUCUCGCCAUCAAUAUCAAAAGAGACCUUUUUUUUUUUAUAAUGAUAAUUAUUAUUAUGUUUAUUGUGACUGUUUCAAGAACAACAUGUUGAUUGAGUGAUGACAGAAUAAAUAUUGUUGAAAAUAAAAAAAAUAAUAAAAAAAAAAAAAAACGGAGGGAAAUGUGAUUUUUCAAAAA